GGAGGCAUCGGGCAAGGCCAGCUUGGCCCCUGCGGAGGGGCCUCAGUGUGCCGAGGACCUGGUGCCCAUGCUCAGCUCCAUCUUUGGGCAGGACGGCAAGCAGCGCUCAGGCGCCCCGGGCUCCCCGGCCUCCGGCAGGCACGACCCCGACGACCCGGACGCCGGCACGCAGACCCCGCCGCUGCAGAGCUACUCGGUGCUGCAUGGGCUGGUGGGGCCGGCCUGCAUCUUCCUGCGCCAGAGCAUCGCCAUCACCCAGCUCGACCGAGAGCUGCGGCCGGAGGAGAUCGAAGAGCUGAAGGAAGCCUUCCGGGAAUUCGACAAGGACCGUGACGGGUACAUCAGCUACAAGGACCUGGGCGAGUGCAUGCGCACCAUGGGCUACAUGCCUACCGAGAUGGAACUCAUCGAGCUGUCGCAGCAGAUCACUGGGGGGAAGGUGGAUUUUGAUGACUUUGUGGAGCUGAUGGGCCCCAAGAUGCUGGCAGAGACGGCCGACAUGAUUGGGGUGAAGGAGCUACGGGACGCCUUCCGUGAGUUCGACACCAAUGGGGACGGACGGAUCAGCACAGCCGAGCUGCGCGAGGCCAUGCGUAAGCUGUUGGGCCAGCAACUCAACUACCGCGAGGUGGACGAAAUCCUCAAGGACGUGGAUCUCAACGGGGACGGCCUGGUGGAUUUCGAAGAGUUUGUGCGAAUGAUGUCACGCUGAGGCAACAAGUGCCAGUGCAGGGUGCAGGACAAGCGCCCUGCUGUGCCUUACGGAGAGGAGGGGGCUGCAGAGAGCUGGCUCCGGCGGCAGCUUGGAGGGUCUGGACACCAGAGCAGCACAACGCGCAAGCACUGAGCAAGGACCUCACCUCUCCAGUGCCGGCCCUGACACAGUGCCCCCCGACCCCUCACGCCGGCCCCACUGCUGAGCUCUGCCUGCACCCAGCCUGCUCAUCCUGCACCCCAACCCCACACUGGCCCCUGGGCCACUCUGCCCACACCCCCAGAUGGCUCCGCCUGCACCUCAGCCCAUGCCAUCCCUUGCUGCUGAGAUUGGCCUGCACCUCCAAGCCCUGGAACAGGCCGGUGCCUGGAACAUGGACUCAGCCAGGCAUAUACCCUGUAGCAAAGUGCUGCCCCUCUCACCUCAUCCCUGCUCCUGAUCCCAUCCUUUACACUGCCCCACCACCCUGACCUUGCCCCUGAUACUGCCCCUCCCACACCAAGCCCUCCCCCCAAACACUGCAACCCAACCCAACUCCCCAAACCUGCCCCCGACCUAGGGCUGUCCCCGGCAUGUCACCCCAGCAAUCUGCAUGCACCCCAAUGCUGCCCCCUGACCUUGCCCCAUACAGUGCCCCCCCCACUCCAACCUUGACCUGGCACUCCAACGCAGACCCCUGCACUCCAAUCCUAACACUGCCCUCUGCAGCCUCACCUUGCCCCACCCCUAAUGCUGACCCCUGCACCCAACACCCACCCUUGCACCUUGACCCUGACCCGUAAGGUGGACCCCCACAUGCUGACCAUGCCUCCUGCCCCUAAUGCCCCUUGCACUCCAACCCCAAUGCUGCCUUCCACACCCUGGUCCCACUCCCCAACCCAAUUGCACCUGUCCAAUUCUCCAGACAGGUUCCAAGUAGGUUUAGAGUGUGUGUCCCCCUGAGCCCACCCAGCCUGUGCCCCUUGCU